UUUCCGGUGUUGUGUAUAUUCCUGGAAACAUGGCGGCCAGCUUCCGCGGCCGUCCUAUCCGGAGUCUUCGGAUGCGAGGUCGGAAUGACAGCGGGGAGGAGAACGUACCGCUGGAUCUGACCAGAGAACCAUCAGAAAACUUCCGUGAAAUCCUUCAAAAUGUGGCCAAACCACAUGGAGUCAGUAACAUGCGAAAAUUGGGCCACCUGAACAACUUCAUAAAGCUGCUAUGCAGCAUUAGCCAUCGUGAGGAAAACUUUGGAUUUACAUACGAAGAAAUCAUCAUUUGUCUGCGACUAGCUCUACUGAAUGAGGCUAAGGAAGUGCGUGCUGCAGGGUUGCGGGCGCUCCGCUACCUCAUUAGAGACACUGCCGUGCUGCAGAAGGUCCUCAGACUACAGGUGGACUAUUUGAUAGCAAGAUGUAUUGACAUCCAGCAGAGCAAUGAGGGGGAGAGGACUCAGGCUCUGAGAUUAGUCCGAAAGAUUAUCACUGUCAAUGCGAUGCUGUUCCCCUCCUCUGUGGCAAACUCUCUCAUUGCCGUGGGAACCGAUGGACUACAGGAGAGAGACCGCAUGGUCCGCGCAGCCAUCGCCAUCGUAUGUGAGCUCGCUCUGAAGAACCCUGAGGUGGUGGCCAAACGUGGAGGCCUCAGUACCAUCCUAAAGAGUGUGAUUGACUGUCAACUGAGUCGCAUCAACGAAGCUUUGAUCACCACCAUCCUCCAUCUACUCAACCACCCACGUACCCGUCAGUAUGUGCGUGUUGACGUCGAACUGGAGCAAAUCCUCGCUCCUUUCACAGAUUUUCACUACCGUCACAACGCAGACACAGCUGAAGGGCAGCUCAAAGAGGACAGAGAGGCCCGUUUCUUGUCGAGUAGAAUGGCCAUAGUGGCAGCCUUUCGCUCCUGGUCUGGAAUUAUCAACCUAUGCAAGGUUGGAAAUUCUGGAAUCCAAUCUUUAAUUGGCUUACUUUGCAUACCAAAUAUGGAAGUUAGAAAAGGCUUGUUGGAGGUGUUGUAUGAGAUAUUUAGGCUCCCUGUGCCCAUUGUAACUGAAGACUUCACGGAAGCUCUUCUAAGUGUUGACCCCGCCAGGUUCCAGGACGCCUGGAGACUCUCUGAUGGGUUUCUUGCUGCUGAGGCCAAAGUCAUCUUACCCCAUCGAGCCCGCUCUAGGCCUGAUCUGAUGGACAACUACCUGGCAUUUGUUCUUUCUGCUUUCAUCUCCAGUGGGCUGUUGGAGGGCCUCGUUGAAGUUGUGACCAGUAGCGAUGAUCAGCUCGCUGUGAGAGCCACGAUCCUCUUGGGAGAACUUCUACACAUGGCAAACACCAUCCUUCCCCAUUCUCACAGUCACCACCUGCACUGCCUCCCCACCCUCAUCAACAUGGCAGCUUCCUUUGAUAUCGCACAGCAGAAACGACUUCGGGCAAGUGCAGCAGUCAACAAUCUUAAGUGUUUCCAUGAAAAGAAGAAGAAAGGUUUGAAACCACACAGUCUUUACCUGGACCACAUCAUCCGCAAGUCUGUGUCUUCACAUAGCCGCAAAGAGUCACACUCACGUGUCCACAGGGACAUCUAUGCCAUUAAGGACACAGAGGAAGCCCUGAUGUUGAACCUUAGAGACAGUCACAUUCUCAACCACAAGCAGAACCUGGAGUGGAACUGGUUGCUUAUUGCCACCAUCCUUAAGUGGCCGCAUGUAAACCUCAGGAACAACAAAGAUGAACAUAUGCACAAGUUUGUGCGAAGGCUGCUGUACUUUUAUAAGCCCAGUAGUAAAUUAUACGGAGGGCUGGCGUUGGAUCACCCAAAGGCCAGACAACUCACUGUGGUUGGCUGUCAAUUCAUCGAGUUCCUCAUGGAAUCAGAUGAGGAUGGCCAGGGUUACCUGGAGGACCUGGUGAAGGACAUGGUGUCAUGGCUCUCCUCGUCCUCAGGGCUGAAGCCUGAGCGCUGUCUGCAGAGUAAUGGUCUGCUCACCACACUCAGCCAACACUACUUCCUCUUCCUGGGGACUCUCUCUGCACACCCACAGGGAGUCAAACUGCUGGAGAAAUGUGGCCUGUUUCAGUGCCUGCUGAAUCUGUGCUCUGUGAAGAACCAGGAUGCUGUGCUGAAACUCGCUGUAUCCACACUGGACUACAGCAGAGACGGUCUGGCCAGAGUGAUCCUCUCCAAGAGCCUCACUGCUGCUACUGAUGCGUGCCGGUUGUAUUCCACCAAACACCUCCGUGUGCUGCUGCGGGCGAGCGUGGAGUUCUUCAGCAGCUGGGGAAUGGAGCUGCUGGUCACACAGCUUCACGACCACAGCAAGGCUGUGUCCAUGGAAGCCCUGGACAUACUGGACGAGGCCUGCGAGGACAAGGCCAACCUCCAUGCUCUCAUCCAGCUGAAACCAGCUCUGUCCCACCUGGGAGACAAGGGCCUCCUGCUGCUCCUCAGGUUCCUCUCCAUUCCGAAGGGUUUCUCCUACCUCAAUGAGAGAGGUUACAUCAGCAAACAGCUGGACAAAUGGCAGAAGGAAUACAACCUUAAGUACGUGGACCUGAUAGAGGAGCAGCUCAACGAAGCACUAACAACCUACCGCAAACCUGUCGAUGGAGACAACUACGUCCGACGCAGCAACCAAAGGUUACAAAGACCAAACGUCUAUCUCCCUGUGCACUUGUACGGUCAGCUGGUCCACGAUAAGACGGGCUGUCAUCUUUUGGAGGCGCAGAGUGUGGUUCCUGACCUCAGCUAUACGGUUCGCUCCCCGAUGCUGGACACCUGGGAGGGUAUUAAACAGCUAAAGUCUGCUCUCUGGGCCCUGGGCAACAUUGGCUCUUCAAAUUGGGGACUGAAUCUCCUGCAGGAGGAGAAUGUCAUUCCUGACAUCCUCACAUUGGCUCAGCACUGUGACGUGCUGUCAGUGCGAGGGACAUGUGUUUAUGUGCUGGGUGUCAUCUCCAAGACCAGGCAGGGUUGUGAGGUGCUGAAGCAGUAUGGUUGGGAUUCAGUCAGACACAGUCGCAGGACGCUGUGGCCUGUCACUCCAGAAGAGGUUGAUGCACAGUUGACCGCUGAACUCUCCUCAGUACCAAGCACACUCAGUCUGAACUCAGAAUCCACGAGCUCGCGCCACAACAGCGAGAGCGAGUCUCAACCAAACAUGUACAUCCUGGACGAUGACAAGUGUGAUUUUCUGGACCAGUCAGAUGAGCCCUCUUUCUAUCUACACUCCAAACCAGUCAAGGACCGCAGCCCCUUCACAAUCCUGGCCUCCACACGCUUUGUUCGCACUCGCUUCCUCAACUCCCUUUCUCUCCCCAGCAAGAAGCUGCGCUCCACCAGUGACCCCAAGAACUUAUCAGGCACUCGCACACCUACUGAACUCAAGAUGGGAAGUAUGAGGCGGAACAGGACAGUGACGGAGCCCUCUGUCUACAGCCCAAACCAGGGGGACGUUUUCACUCCUGUGUUUAAUGGCAGAGGAAUGCCGAAGAGUCCCACAGUCAGCCUGGAGACAUCCUUUGUUGGGACCAGGGGCGGCUCUGAGGAGCAGCUUGUGGAUGGUAGGCUGGCCAGGGGAGGAGGCUCAGGCCUUGGACUAAGUGGUCUGGGAGGGCAUGGGGCCGUGGAGCACCCCAGCGGGGAGAGGGAGCAAAGCAGCCGAGAGCGUCUAGCAGGAGAUGGUGGCUCCUCGUCUAGUGGAGGCAAUGUGGGAGGGGGCGGAGGAGGUACUCAGUUUAAAAGCCGCAGCCAGAGCUUUAACACGGACACCACAACCAGUGGCAUCAGCUCCAUGAGCUCCAGUCCUUCCAGGGAGACUGUUGGAAACCCUGAGCAUCCAGAACCCGAACCAGACUCCUCUGACUGUGUGAGCCUCAACACAGUGGUGUCAGCCAAGACUGUCAAAACGCUCUCUUCUCUCACCCCCCAGGCUCAGAUUAACCACAUGUCAAAGUCCUCAACUGUCUCUUUGGUACCGCCUGGCUCGUCACACACUCUUCCCCGCCGAGCUCAGUCUCUCAAGUCUCCUUCAGUGACCACCAUCAAGAGCCUGGCUGACUGUAGCUUCAUGUACACCAGCCCACGGGACGCGCUGGGCUACGCUACGCUGAAGAGGCUGCAGCAGCAAAGGAUACACCCGUCUUUGUCUCACAGCGAAGCUUUGGCUUCACCAGCCAAAGAUGUGCUGUUCACCGACACCAUCACUAUGAAAACCGGCAGCCUGGAUUCCAGAUUAACGCCUCGCAGGAUAUCAGAUAGGAGGGGUACCUGUCCAGAUCCCAGCGUCUUAAGUCCGUACCGCAGGCUGUCCAGAACACUUGUACCGCGGUGGGUGGACCUACCCAGCGUCCUCCUCUGUAGAGAUGUAGCUUCUAGCACAGACCCAGACAAAUGUGUCCUAGCUGUGUGCCUGCAGUUGUUUUUCCAUUGCUUUGAGUCCUGUAGUGUGAAUAGGCCCCGUGUAGAUGGUCAGUUGCUGGUCGUUCCCUCCUCUUAGAGCUGCAACCCUUCCUAUCAGGUAGAGAUAGGUGACAUUAUAUUGUGGUUGUUCUGAUUUUAAACAACACAGCAAGGUUUUUAAUUGUCACUCAUCCAUGUUAAGAAAACGGUGGGUAAAGAAAUAUAGACGGGAACAGGUCCAAAAUAUGUUGAAACAGUGUGAGGAAUUCUCUACCUUUGAUGUCAAAGUGGAAGGACAUAAGCUCUUAACUUUCACUGGAUAUUAAACUCUCUUUUCACAUUCACUGUGAAGCAUUUUACCCAUUAUGGUUAUUUGAUAAUAAUUUUAAAUUUCAUGUGAUCGAUUAACAGUCUUGCACAGCAUUUUAAAUCUCAUUCUAUAGAAAUUAUGAGAGGAAAAAGGUAUCAAUUAAGGUAGAGUCAGCAAUUCUGGAAAAAGAUUGUUGAUAUUUGAACUCGACACCUAAAUACAUUUUUUUUAAAUGGUUUACCCUCCCUUUCUCUUUAUAUAUCCAUGGUCUUUUCCCUGUCUUGUCCUAUGCACAAGCACACAAGCCCCCUGUUGCUGAUUGGCUGGAAUAGUUUAGUGUGGCUUGGCCAAAGCAACUUUGUGUGUUUCACUUUUACAGGGCCAUAGCUUUGUAUGAACCCCAAAUCUUUUUCUCAUAAUUUGUCCAAAAGUAUUAGAUUGUAAUCCCUGACGACACCUUUUAAUCAGUUCAUUCAGUUCUUAAUUAUUCUAUUAAUGUGUCUGUUCUAUGAAAGGGAAGAAAAUAUCCUCACGCCCUUGGUUUAAAUUGUGUUUCGCCUCGCAGGUAAGUCAGCCAUCGCUGAAGAUGCGAAUUAAGUCGUUUUUAGAGAAAAAGUCUAAACCUGACCCCAUUUCUGCUCCUGUAGCGUAAACAGCUAUUUGCCUUGGAUAGUGUUUGACUUCUGUCGACCGUAGCAAUGACAGGUGUGAGUGUUUUUUUUGUGCACCUUCUGUGUCUGUCAGGAUAUCAGAUAGGAGGGGUACCUGUCCAGAUCCCAGCGUCUUAAGUCCGUACCGCAGGCUGUCCAGAACACUUGUACCGCGGUGGGUGGACCUACCCAGCGUCCUCCUCUGUAGAGAUGUAGCUUCUAGCACCGACCCAGACAAAUGUGUCCUAGCUGUAGCUCUGUGCCUGCAGUUGUUUUUCCAUUUCGUUGAGUCCUGUAACGUUUAAUAGAUUGGUCAGUUGCUGGUUGUUCCCGCCUCUCAAAGCUGUGACCCAUCCCAAAUGUAUUCAAUUAUGUGAAAAGAAAAGCAGCAAAUCCUUGAGAAACUUGAACCAGCGAAUGUUGAGAAUUCUUUUAAUAUAUU